AUGUACGAAAACGGAAGUGGAAGUGGUUUGCCAGGAGCUCCGGACAUGCCGCAGCAUGGAUAUGGCCGUAGCCAGCCUGAGAGUCCCGCCGACCGCAGCGCACCCGCUAGCGCUUCUCCAAGUGCAGACGCAAGUCCUGUUAUUGGCGGACCCGGAUCUACACCCCAGUCAUACCCCGGUCCGCCUCCACCGUAUGUUUACGUCCAACAGACCGGAUACUAUCAGUCUCAGCAGAACGCGUCACCCUCCCUGCCUGGUUCCUCGGCAAAUGGUUCCUCCUACGCACCCCCUCCGCCUUCGUCGUCCAGCUCGAAUGGUCAAUUUCCGCCGCCACCGCAGAUUUCGACGUUCUAUCAGCAACAUCACUAUCCAAGAGAAGCUUACAUGAACACCGCUCCACCCUCUUCGGCUCCUGCACAGUCACAGGCGUCGCCCAAUUAUUCCACGCCUCCCCUACCCCAGCAGGGGCACGAUCAGCAACGAUAUAUAGAUUCUUCCAGGGCAAAGACGAAGAAGCGGGCACGGUCGAGUAUUGGAUCAAUGACGAAUGGUGAAUUGAGUCCGAGUGAUAGCCCUGUUGUUCCGAAUUCGCAGGCACAUCCGAAUGGGCGCGCGAAUGGGCAGGGUCAAAGCAACGUCUACGCAUUUUACGGCAUGGCGACUCCGUCAUCGUCAGCAGGCAGUGCCACUGCGGCUGCUCCACCUCACAGCAGUGGCAGCGUCGCAAGCGCGCCUCCACCGUCGGCUGCUUCUUCGCGUGGCGUUGGUGGUGGUCAUUAUGCCGUCAAUGGCAAUGCGAAUGGUUUUAAUCAAUUCCAGCUUCAUACACCGCCACCUUCUGCACCCCCGCCUAUGACGACUUCGUCAUCAAGCUCAGGCGUUACAACUUCUUCAAACGUGUCGUACACUUCGAACCAUCCUUCCUACCCGCCUCAGAGUAUAGACAGCAGUGGAGUAGAAAACGGGACUGGAACGCAUUCACCGCCUUUAGUGCUUGCUCCCAUUCAAACGAAACGAAUGUCAUAUCACGAGGCGCUUCCAAGCCGGUAUACGUACAGCAGCCAAAAUACAAGUCAUGCAAACAACAACUAUCCUCCACCGACCACAGCGUAUGCGUCAGUCGGGAAGGGUUAUAGCGAGUAA